ACACGAGGAGAGCAAUUAUUAUGGUUCUUGUACAAUGUACAAAAUAAUAGUAAUACAAUUAUAUAAAUAUUUGAAGAAUAGUGGAAGGUGGGUGAAGCAAGGAAAAGCACUUUCGGCCGCCGGUGGAUGCCGAUACAGAUGCUUCAUCCAUCCACUAUCACAUAAAACUAUUUCUUCCACUUUUCUUCUUCUUCCUCCAAAAUUCACCACAUAAAACUCUCUUUCUCAUUCUGCUACCACUUCUACAUAAAAACAACCUAGUACACAUCAACAUAUACAACAAUAAUAAUAAUAAUGUUGUUUAAAUUUGUAGCAGGUCCUAGGAAGAAAAAACCAGGAACCGUUCCUGUUUACCUAAACGUCUAUGACCUCACACCUAUUAACGGUUAUGCUUACUGGUUUGGUCUUGGAAUCUACCAUUCAGGUGUUCAAGUUCAUGAUGUUGAAUAUGGUUUUGGGGCACAUGAAAAUGACACAACGGGUAUUUUUGAAGUGCAACCGAAAAACUGUCCUGGUUUCACUUUCAGAAAAUCGAUUUUCAUUGGAACAACGGAUCUGGGUAGUAAAGAUGUUGGUGUUUUCAUGGAGAAACUAGCUCGAGAAUAUUCUGGAAAUUCUUAUCAUCUUAUUUCCAAGAAUUGUAACCAUUUUUGUGAUGAUGUUUGUUACAAAUUAACGGGGAAAUCGAUUCCGAGAUGGGUUAAUCGACUUGCCAGACUUGGUUUAUUUUGCAACUGUGUUCUCCCGCCCGGUCUAAACGAAACAAAGGUUCGACAAGUUACAUCCGACAAGGUUCAAGAAGGUGAAAAACGGAAAAUCAGAAGUCAAUCCAGCAGAUACGAGGCUUCCUCCAACCUUCGCGGUUCAUCAAGACAUUGCCUUCGUCCAUCGUCUUUGAUGAAAGCUUCUUCAACCACGACGUUAACGGUAAAGUAAAGGUUUGAGAAUUGUGUAAGCAACCUACGAUGACACAGUGCAGAAAGUUGUUUAUUUGCUCCAUCUUUCUGUUCUGGUGUAUAUGUUUCAUAGUUUUGCAAUGGAUACUAAGGAAUGGUUUGCGUUGUGUUUUAUUCAAAUUUGGUUUUUUUUCUUUCUCUAAUUUUUUAGGUGUGUUUUUGUUCAAUCUUGAUUGAACUUGUUUUAGUUGAUGUAGCAAAUAGGAAUGUGUUUGUUGUGCAGAAUAGUGUUACCUUUACUGGAAAUGUGAGAAAUAUUGAGGAAAAAUUAUAUUUUUAGUCUAAAUUUGUGCUUGA